AUGCCAGCAGGACAAAGUGUAGGCGUCUCGCAGACAGAGGAGAUUUUUGUUCUGCAGUCGCUCCGCACAGCAGCAUUACGUGUAGAUGGCCGCAAAUUCGGGCAGCCACGGUCGCUGGUGAUUGAGUUUGGGGAGCAGCUCGGCUGGUGCCAAGUGAGCCUUGGAGAAACGGUGGUUGUCGCGUCGGUGAGUGCUGAGCUCGUGCAGCCAAAGCAGGACCGCCCUUAUGAGGGGAUGCUGCAGAUAAACACAGAAGUAACACCAAUGGCUGGCAUUGAGUAUGACGCUGGUGCGGUUGGCGUGACAGAAGCGCGCGACCGCGAAGCGAUGUUUGAGCGUAUCCUUGAGCGCGCGGUGCGUAACAGCGACGCAGUCGACCGUGAAGCGCUCUGCGUUAUUGCAGGAAAGCGGGUAUGGAGCAUCAUGCUUUCAGUGCAUUUACUUGCAGACGAAGGCGCGGCUGGAGAUGCUGCAGUGUUGGCAAGUAUGGUCGCGUUACGUCAUUUCCGACGACCGGAAGUCUCGAUUUUGAAUGGCGACGUCACUGUUUACUCGACAGAUGAGCAUGUUCCUGUCCCUUUGGCGAUGCAUCACAUGCCACUAGCUGUAUCCUAUGCAAUCUUUUUACUGCAGCCCAAGACGGACAAGGAACGGAGCCUACUUUUGGCGCAAUCUCAUACCCAGCCUGUUGAAGAAAGUAUGGAGAUGGACGAAAAACAGGACGUCAUGGAUAUAGAUAUUCCUGUUUCCCUUCUGGACCCAAGUCUUCUCGAACAAACGUUGGCAGACUCGGGGAUGACCUUUGUCCUAAAUGCACAGCGUGAAGUGAGUGUUAUUGAAAAGGCUGGCGGCUCAUCGAUACCGUACAAGACAAUUCUUGCGCUCCUUCAUGAUGCAGCAAGCCAUGUCGGACGCUUAGGUGCGCAGGUAGACGAGGCGCUUGCCGCAGACACCAAGCACCGCGUCGUCUCCGUAUUGUAG